AUGACUGCCAAGUUGACCGGACAGCUUGUGAGAUAGAUCUAGAGAUGGCUCUCCGGGCCAGGUUGAGCGGAUUUGAAAGGAUUCAGGGCCGGGCCCUAGACUCAAAUUGGCCCCCAAUGAUUAAAAUUCUUAGUCUCAAAACAAAAAGUUGGGGUUGCCAUCAAAAACAAAACGCAGAGCCUAAAGCCCAUUGGCGGUUUUUUGAAGUACCUUUGGUUGUUAUUUUUUUAAAAUUUAUAGUUAAUUGUUAUAAAAAACAAAUAUGUUACCGGCCCCGAGUCAUGUCUGUAUAGAUCCAAUUCGAAUCCUUUGAACCUCGACCGUUGUCCAUUUGCUGAUUUGCAAACUUAUCUCCCUGUUUUUUAUAUAAAACCCUCAUUUAUUACACAACUCUCCACAAAGAGAAAUUUCGCGAUCGAACUACAUAAAGUCUGGCUAAUGUGUGCUCCCUUCUCUCUCAACCCGAUGCUCUUUCCCGCGACGCUUUUUCGAAUUUUCACCGCAUAAAUGUUGUAGUUGUUUCCGUCUUGAGACUUCUUCAGACAUCUCGUAUCUAAGGUGUAGGUUCUUUUCAUUUUUUUGUGAAAUUUUUAUUUAUUGUUUCACUUUCAAAAUUCAUUUACUUUCAAACAUAAAAAUUCUUUUUAGCGACAAUGACGAAGCUGUUGACCAUCCGUCAGAUUAACGACAUUAUCUUCAAACACGUCGAAAAUCAGACGCUCACAAACGGGAACGCCGCGAAACAUGAUGCCGCAGGAUAUUCUCCAAGGCAGUCAGCAUCUGCGUGCAUUAUUCCCUUAGGGUCUGAGCCCAGUAUCCGCAUUUUUUACGUUGCUAAUACUGAGCAUGUCAGAUUUGGGAAGAUCCUAGAAGAUUUGGACACUUUUGCAGGUAACGAUAGGCCCUCAUCGCAAGAUAAUCCCUUAUAAACAAGACCAAGUUUUAUUGUACUGAUGGAAAGUUGUCAAUUGGGGAAAAGGCGAUUAGGGAAGUGGACGAUUUGGGAAACUGAAAAGUAUUAUUUUCCUUCGAUGUAUCUCUCGAAAGUAGGAUAAUCAAUAGCGCUGAUUUUAAAAAUGACACUUUUUUUGUCCGUUACUUUUUUCCUUAAGUAGUACUGUAAAGUAGUAAUCUUAUUUUUUUCACAAAUACUCGAUUGGGGCUUUUGAUAAUGCUGGUUUCAAAUCCGCAAAAAUGAAUAAGAUUUUCAGAAUUAGCAUGAUCGACAACCCCUAAAUCGAGUGUGUGUGAAAAAGUUUAAAAAAUUAUUACUUUGCAGUAUUACGUAAGGAAAAAAGUGACAAAGAAAAAAAUAAUUUUCAAAAUCAGCGCCAUCGAUUAUCCUAAUUUCAACACUUACACACAUCGAAGAAAAACAAUACUUUUCAAUUUCCCCACUUGUCUUUCUCCACAAUCGUCGAUGAGUCCGGGGAAAAUAAGCUCACACUAGACGAGUACCCCUUGCAGAAAAAUUUUUUUUAUUUUUGAAUGUAAUUUUCAGUAUGGAUGGCCUAUCGGCACAACCAAGGGCCCGAAGUACCUAUGGGAACGCCAAACCAUAUUCCAUUCCACGCAGUCACCGCGUGCGUCGAUAAAAUUAGUAAGUAUAUAUAUAUGGCUCGGGACUUCUAAAUCUCUCCGCAAGAGUCCAUCCGAACCCUGGAAAUUUAGUCCAAAGUUAAAAGUUGACAAAAAAGGAGGAGACGACAGAGAAAGGCAGAAAUUCUUACAAAGAGAGAAAUUGCGCAAUGUUAUGUCAGAUUGCGCAACUUUUAACUUUGUACUAAAUUUGCAGGGUUCGGAUGGACUCUUGCGGAGAGAUUUAGAAGUCCCGAGCCAUAUAUGGAUGGUUAGUUAUAAAUUUCAUUUUUCAUUCCGUUCAAAAGUGUGCAAUUCAGUCCACGGAGGCACUUUGGACUAAAAUCGGGAAAUCCUGUCCGUGGUGCAAACAAAAAUCGCCACUUUUGGUUUGCCGUUCAGACAAACGCAAAUCAGUCCGUCGUGUGGACAGGUUUCCGGAAAUCUAGCCCACUGAUUUUCGAUCCAUGGACUUCUUGAUUUGUUUGCUCGGAUUUUUUGGAGUUGUCCGUGGUUUGGAAAAUUCCAAACAAAUCACAGAGGCACAGAUGACCCCGGGCUUCUUCUCAAAUUUUUUUUUUAUUUCGCUAUGUUCAAGAUGUAUUUUCUGAUUGAGAACAGCUUGGAUUUGCUCAAAAAAGGAUUUUUUACCAAGGGUAGGCUUUUCUAUUCGAUUUCCUAUCUAGCCCGUUUUCUUUUGGGAUAACCCAUCAAAUUUUAGAAUUUUGUGAAGCUUGUUGCCCCAUGGAUAAUGUAAUGUUUAUUUCUUGUUGAUUCGACCAAAACUUUUUAAACUAAAUUAUAGCUAAAGGUAGAGUAGGAUGUUAGCUUGGUUCUAAUGUCAAUUUCGAACCAAAAGGAGCGAGUUUUACAAAAAUUUUAUAUUGUACUAGGUCCUGACGUUCGGUCCCUCGUUAAAACUGCUAUUACGUUAAAUUUGCCACUUUUGCAUGGUAAAACAACCCAGUACUCUGACCUACAUUUAUAUCUGGUCAGUUUUAUAGGUUGUUAGCUUCGUUCUAACACCAAUUUCCAACCAGACACAGCUAAAUUUACGAAAAUUUUAUGUUGUACUUGAUACUCAAGGUUAACCUGGUCUUUCAUAACAUUAGCUGUCUUUGCAUGGUAAAAUUAAUCUAGUGUCCACACCUAUAACUGUCCACUUUUACACUGUUUUUGCGAAAAAAAAGAUAAAUUGACUUACAUUAUCCAUGAGGCAACAAGCUUCACAAAAUUACAAAGUUUGGUGGGUUAUCCGUCCAGAAAACGGGCAAUCUAGACGUAAAAUCAAAUGGGGUAGCCUGCUCUUGGUAAAUAUUCCAUUUUGGAAAAAUUUCCAGUUUCCUUCACUCAGAAAAUACAUCGUGAACCUAAGGAAAUAAAAAAAUUUUUUGAGUUUUUGAGCACCGGGGUCAACUGUCCCCGAAGAGUUUGCUCGAUAAACCAAAAUCGCUGAAUUCGGUCCGUCGCCUGGACAAACGAAAAAAGUCCGCGGACAAAAAAAAAUUGUUCGUUCCGUAAACUGACUUUGCUGAUUUUAGUCCGGAGAACGGAUUAAAAUUGCAACUUUGCGCCCAAAUGGACUUGAUUCCCCAAUUUUAGUCCAAAGUGCCUCCGUGGACUGAAUUGCACACUUUUGAACGGAAUGAAAAAUGAAAUUUAUAACUAACCAUCCAUAUAUUUAGUUGGAAAGUUACACGGAAAACUGUCAAUCAUCAAACAACUCGCCGAAUUCUUUCAGAUCUCAAACACCGAACAAUAAAGAGCGACUUGGACAUUCUUAUGACUGGCCUGGUCACAUGGGUAGGCCGUUCAUCCAUUGAGGUUACGAUGCAUUUGAGUCAGAAAUACGCCAAGGACGAGUACAGGCAAGACAGCGUUUCUUUUUAUCGUUAGCCAUCUUCUAAUCAUCCCAAAUCAAAUCGUGUUUUAGAGGAGUUCUAACAGCCCGGUUUGUCAUGGUCACGCUGGAUCCAAAGACGCAAAAAGCUGUGUCGAACGUCCCUCUAAAGCUGGAAACCGAACAGGAUAAGAAGCUGUUCGAAAAAGGCGAAUGUAAGUGCCAUUCACCACCAGAUUUGCCUAUGAAAACUUUGUAAACACGACGGAUUCCCUUCAGAUGCCAAGCAAGUCCGCCGCUCGCGCGAAGAAAUGUCGUUGUACAAGAAUCCACCGACCGAGAUAGAGCGAGCAAUGCUUCACGACCUCUUUUUGAAGACCAUGGAUAAUAAGAAUCAUUCGUUGGACCGGCUGCCCGCAGGACAUGUUUGGAUGAACGAUGCAAAGGUUGAGAACAUGGUGAUCUGCUUUCCAAUCAAAAGAAACAUGUAUGGGAAGAUCUUUGGAGGCUAUUUGAUGAGGACGGCCGUUGAGACAGCCUUCGCCAAUGCAGCGUUGUUCUCGUAAGUGAUUCACAACCUCACAAUCAAAUUUCUUUAUACGGAAGCCGAGUUGGUAGGUUUCUUUUGAUAAUAGCUUGGAAAAUAAUGUGAAAACAUUAGCAAAGGUUAUAUUUGUGGGACCCGCAGGGACCCUAUUUCUCGACAUCUAUGUCACUACGAGCGCUUCCGGCAACAUGUACGGAUCACUUUUACAAAUUUCAUUCACAGCGAUUUGCCUGAAAAUGAAGUCUGUAAAAAGUAGUUUUCGAAUUGCCACAGGGACUUUCGGUAAUAAAAAGUUGCAUGCAAAAAAAUGCGACCCGCCCUUCGGGCUUGGAAAAAAAACUUUUGUAAAUUUUGGUUCAUUAUGCCUGAAGUUAUUAACAAAAGAAACCCUAAAAACCCGGCCAGCCUUACUGUAUCCCCCUAGUAUGACUAUUUUUAUCAUCACAAAACUCAUAGCCAUCAUCCCAUUUUACAGAAAAAGCAACCCAGAAGUGAUGGCGGUGGAUUCGGUGGUGUUCAAAAAAGGAGUUGAGAUCGGAUCACUUCUCGUUUUGCAAUCCCAAAUCAGCUACACAACAGACCGUUUCAUGCAGCUCUCAGUUUCGGCGCACGUUGUUGACAUCAACAACGGCGAUUCGGAGACCACAACCACUUUCCAGUUCACGUUCCGAACGGACAAACCGGUACCAGUGGUUCUGCCGCAAACCUACUCCGAUGGAAUGGCCUACCUCAACUCGAGAAGGCAUUUCAAUUCCAGUGCGCACUUGUAA